AUGGACUCUGGUGAACUGCGGUAUAGAUGUCUGGACACGCCUUUGUUCUCAAAGGGUCAUGGAAUUUGUGCCUUGAGUACGAACGCCAUCUGCUUUAUCCUAGUAUAAAAAUCAGAAAUACUUUGUACUGCAACAGUCUAGUAUCUCGUCGGUGUGGAGGGGAAUAGUAGUGUCAUCACCGACGAGAGAUGUGACAGUAGCCAAGUGAAAAGACAAUUUUGACUGCCUUUUAUUCUAUUUUUUAUUAGAAAUCAGUUAAAAUCUGCACAAGACUGACAAAUUAUAAGAAUAAUUGUGUAACCAACUUAUAUUCAUGAACUUGGACAGGAAAUGGAAAACCAUGAAAAUCAUUUGGUAAAAAGUUUCCACUGCUUUCUGAUAGAUGAUGCCACCGUCCAGAGACUACUAGUUAUCCUCGUCAGCGGUAGUGUGCGUUUAAAUUGAAGAGCGUUGGAAGGUGUAAGCAUUUGCAGCAUUUUAACUAACUGUGUAAAACUUUCGUUAACAUCGUGUAUUGAGAAGAGCAGUUUCAUCGGUAGAAAAAUGGAGGGAAGCUAAGAUGCUUCAGCCAUGUGACAUCGUCAUCAUGCUUGAAUAAGAGUUUCCGAGGCGACGGGAAAAGUUAAGUGUACGCUAGUUAAUCAACGGAACUAGGAAACCGCAAACGUCAAAGAAUUUACGGAAGCGGAAGUUCGGAGAGAGGAGUUAAUCUAUCGCGUAUGCUACGGCUACUUAAUCGUAACACUGUGUCAAACCGUGUCAUUCAUCGCGAACCGAUUCGAUCGACUUACUUUCUGAAGAUUUCCAGAACUUUGAGAAGACACAGCUAUUUCGAAGCAAUCCUGAGAUCGCCAAUAACAUUUAUGACAGGACGAGCGUGCACGCUGUUAGAGGAACGGACGAGUCGUCGAAAGGGUGGCUAAUCGGCGGCAUAAGCCGCGCUCUAUUUAAUUUGCGUUCACGGCGACGCGACGGCAUAAGGUUACACACCGGCAUCCCCCUCGCUCUUUGAGGUCAACGUUGGAUGCUGCUGGUUAGCGCCGGUGGUCGUGACCAUACGUGGUGUACAACGAUGCGUGUAUGCAGUGGAAACUGCUACGGAACAUGGAGCCGCUGUUUCAGCCUGAGGGUGUGUAUGCUGGACAAGGAGGGAGUAGUUGUACCCUGGAUCACGGUGGAACGGACCAGGAGAGCCGGUCAGAGCUGGUGGAUUCCCUGGCGCGUCGAUUAUUGUAUAGGUACACACGGAUACAAGUCGGUGUACCUUGGCGGACUGAGGAAAGCACGAGAAUUCACGAUGUCUGAGUGAACCGAGGCGAGGGUCGAGAAGAGCCGAGGGUGGUCGAGGACAACCGGCUGCGCACGAACCACGAAUCGCCGCGGGAACCUGUCGCACGGCACGAAAGUCGAACAGUCUCUCACUGGCGCUCGGCGCGGUAAGUGUCCGAGAGACUAGAUUAGUUUACGUGUUCGUACUUGAACCUCUCGGUAAAGGUUAAAUAGCUAAGAUACAUAGAGAAACAUUACGUUAGAUAGCCUCCCUUACGAGGGGGCUCGAGUGGCCGCUGGUGGACGUUCCAUCCAACCAGUUUCUACCGCUUCUUCGAAGCCCGAUGGAACGCGAGGAGGUGGACAGUUGGCGUCGCGUCAGGAUGGGACGCUAUCUCCUCGUCGAUUCAGCACGCCACGUGACUUGGAGUACCUUGACUUUUUGGAUCCUCGUCGUCCUGUCGUCCAUGCACGGUUGCGACGCCUCGUACGAGAUGCAGGGUCCGAGUUUCGUGUCGGAGCCACCAUCGCGGGUGGAAUUCACGAAUGUGAACGGCGGCAGAGUGGACUGCAUAGUUAGAGGAAAUCCGGCGCCGACCGUCGACUGGCUGGCAGCGGACGGCGGCAGUAUAACGAGUAUCCCCGGCAUCAGGCACGUCCUUGGCAACGGGACGAUCUACUUUCCUGGCUUCGAGGCCGAGGUCUUCCGGCAGGAUGUCCACUGGGCCAUUUAUAAGUGUUCCGCCGUCAACAGCGUCGGUGCCAUCGUUAGCAGAGACGUCACUGUCAGAGCAGUGGUGAACCAGCGUUACGAUCCGGAAGUGCAAUGUCCCGGCGGUUUCCUCGGCAACAACGUACUUAUGCGAUGCAACGUACCCAGUUUCGUUCGUGACCACGUCACGAUCACGUCUUGGCUUCAGGAACCGUCCUUCAAUAUCUACCCGUCUACGAUGGGAGAUGGCAAGUAUCAUAUGCUUUCGAGCGGCGAGCUGAUGAUACUGAACAUCACGAGGGAGGACGCGCAACAAACUUAUCGGUGCAGGACGCAUCAUCGUCUGACGCAGGAAACGGUCGUCAGCAGCAACGUUGGCAGGCUUCAAUUGACUGAGAUACGGAGCACCAUGCCGCCGAUGAUAAACGAGAAGGUGGUUUAUAUGUCGGCCCGUCUGAAAGACACCAUUGUGAUACCCUGCGUCGCGUACGGAAAUCCUACACCAACCAACAGGUGGUAUUACAAUAGAAAUCAGAGAGAAGAGCCUAUCGAGGACACAUCCGGGCAUUACAUGGUGAGAGACGGUUCGUUGAUCAUACAAGGCGUCCAGGAAGGCGAUGCUGGCUCGUAUAUGUGCACCGCCAGUAAUUCGGAGGGCAGCGAAUCCAUGGAAGUGAGGUUAACGGUGUCUGCGCCAUUGAGCGUUCAUGUUCAGCCGUCGAUUCAAACCGUCGAUCUUGGAAAAGCCGCUCAUUUGACUUGCAGCGCAAGUGGAUUUCCGCAGGCGGCGCUGUACUGGUUGAAGGACGGUCAGCCAUUGAGAACGGGCGUUCGUAUAAGGGCGGUUUCCAGGGAACGUAUUUCCGUGAUGUCGGUUGCACGGGAGGAUCGCGGCAUGUACCAGUGCUUUGUGAGGAACGAGUAUGAAAUGGCUCAAGGAAUUGCGGAAUUGCGGCUGGGCGAGAUCGCGCCGCAGCUGGUCUACAGGUUUAUCGAACAGACAAUGCAGACCGGUCCAUCGGUUUCUCUGAAAUGCAGCGCCGCGGGUAAUCCCACCCCGCAAAUUUCCUGGCUUCUGGAUGGAUUUCCGCUUCCACAAAACGACAGACUGCUGAUUGGCCAGUACGUGACUGUGUACGGGGACGUAAUAUCGCACGUUAACAUCUCUUCGGUGAAGUCCGAGGACGGCGGAGAAUACGAGUGCAUCGCGAGCAGCCGAGCUGGCGAGGCAAGACACUCGGCGAGGCUCAAUAUUUACGGUUUACCAUACGUCAGACCGAUGUCGACGGUUUCGGCGGUGGCCGGGAAACAGUUUCACAUCAAAUGUCCGGUCGCUGGAUACCCGAUUGAGUCGAUCAUUUGGGAAAAAGACGGUAUAAGGCUGCCCACGAAUAUGAGGCAAAGGGUGGCGAACGGUAGUCUAUACAUCGAUACGGUACAACGAGCCGCCGAUCAAGGCACUUACACAUGCAUCGCCAGAAACAAGCACAACUUCACCUCUCAACGGUCGGUCGAAGUGCGCGUUCUAGUGCCACCUAAAAUCACGCCUUUCAGUUUUGCUCGCGAUUUAAACGUAGGGGACCGUACUAGCGUACAGUGCGUGGUCGUGACUGGCGAUCUGCCACUGACGUUCACGUGGCUGAAAGAUAACGUGCCAAUAGAGACGAUCAGGACGUCGCAGGAUGCUACGUCGUCAAGCCAUAGCCGCGUUCAGGCACCGGCCAGUCAUGGAGACGCGAUAAAGGGUCCCAAAAGGGGCCCGAAGGCCGACGGCCAGGGGGAACAGUCCCCGAGAAAGGCGAUUACCGUCCGCCAAUAUGACGCUUUUACCAGCGCCCUGAGCAUUAGCACGAUCGCACCCGCGCACAAUGGCACGUACACCUGUCGCGUGGCCAAUGGCGCUGCCACCGUCGCUCAUUCUGCACUCCUUCACGUCAACGUGCCACCACGAUGGACGGUGGAACCUAUCGACCAGAACGCGGUUGUAGGUCACGGAGUCUCCAUUGCCUGUCAGGCUGAAGGAUUCCCUAUUCCGACUGUGACUUGGAAGCAAUCGAUUGGUGAUACUCCGGGCGACUACAGGGAGCUGGGUUACAGCGGAACGGAGGGCGCAGGGGUUGCUGGGAACGGGUCUUUGGCGAUCCCACGGGUAUCCAGAGAUCAUGCCGGUUUCUAUCUGUGCCAAGCUAGCAACGGUAUCGGGCCAGGCCUCAGCAAGCUCAUUCGGCUAACAGUUCACGCCGGUCCUCAGGUAUCGGUGAAGACGCGACAGGAAUCGGUGCGACGAGGGGAAAGCGUAACGUUACGCUGCGAAGCCGAAGGAGACGCACCUCUUGAUCUCAGCUGGCGUGCGCGUGACAGCAGAGUCGAUCCCAACUACGAUGUUAGGUACACGAUAGAUAACCAGAAGGUAUCCGGACGCGUGAUCUCCGAGCUGCGGAUCAUCCAGGCGAACCACAUAGACCGUGGGGACUACACGUGCGUGGCAACGAACGCGUACGACCGUGCCAAGGCGAUCAUUAACUUGCUGGUCCAAGAGCCGCCGAAUUUUCCCCGGAAUUUGCGCGUAGCCGAGCAAGGCAGCCGAUCGUUGCUGUUAGCCUGGUCAUCGCCGUCCAGCGAACAGGAUCCGGCUCACGCCAACUCGCCCAUAACCAACUACAUCGUGCAGUACAAGGAGGCGCAGGACGUGUGGCAUGAGCACAACACGCAGAAGAUGGUGGCAGGGGACAGCACGGUUGCCCUGGUGUCGCCUCUAAAACCGGCGACCUCCUACCACUUUCGGGUGCUUGCCGCAAAUCGCCUUGGAACAUCAGCGCCAAGCGACAUCCUUCAUGCUCAAACCGACGGUGAAAUUCCCAGUGGACCACCGAGACAUGUUAUCGCCGAAGCCCUAGGACCACAGCAAGUGAAGGUCACCUGGCAACCACCAGAUCGAUCCCUCUGGAAUGGCGAACUCCUCGGAUACACCAUCAGCUACGCCAAUCUCGGAGGGAAUGAUCAAUCGGUGAACAUCACCAGAGUGGGAAUCACCGGGAACGGGGAUGGUUCGUACGAUUAUAGGCUAACCAGCCUCCGGAAGUACACCCAGUACAGCAUCGUAGUGAAGGCGUUCAAUAAUAAAGGAGACGGACCAGGAUCUGACCCGGUGAUGGUGCAGACGCUCGAAGAUGUUCCAAGCGCUCCGCCGCAGAACGUAGCCUGUGCCGCGUUAACCGGCCAGAACAUCCAGGUGACCUGGAAACCACCGCCUUCCGACAAAGUUCACGGGGUCGUGCAGGGCUACAAGUUGCUGUACGAGGCAGCCAGCGCCGUUCUGGAACAGCACGAGGGCAGGGAGACGAAAAUCAGCCAUGCACUAAGCACCGUGCUGCAUGGGCUCAGCCCGUACACCAAUUACACGGUACAGGUGCUCGCGUACACCAGAGCUGGCGAGGGUGUCACCAGCAGCCCGGUAUCCUGCACCACCGAAGAAACUGUUCCGGACGCGCCGGAACGUGUGAAGGCUGUGACCAGCAACGAGGACGCUGUGGUGAUAUCCUGGCUACCACCACGUCGACCGAACGGCAUCCUCACAAAGUACACCGUUUAUAUCCGCGUGUUGGACCAGGGCCAGGAGGUGAAGAUCACUAAAAGCUCGCUGCCUGCGCAGAACCUGCACCACGAAGCGACCGGCCUGAAACUGCGCGAGUCCUACGAGGCCUGGGUUACGGCCUCGACCAAAGUAGGGCAAGGACCUAGCACUCCGGUCAUCAAACUUCAACUGAGCAAUACCGUUCGAGCAGCCAUAAUAUCGUUCGGUGUGCCGCUCGUGGUGCCGUGGAGGGUGGACGUCAAUAUGGCUUGUCUCGCCGUUGGUAAUCCACGUCCAACGGUGGAAUGGCGUCGAGGGGACGUGAAACUGCAACAAAAAUCCGACAUCGGGCCGGACAAUUCGCUGACGCUGAGGAACGUGCAGAGGACUCACGAGGGCAACUAUUCCUGCCACGUGAAGAAUCCUCUUGGCUCGGACGAAAUCGUGUACACGCUGCAAGUACAAGUACCGCCGACGCCACCGACUUUGCUGACCACAGGCACCACAACCGAUGCUGUUCAGCUGCAGUGGAAACAGGGCGACAAUGGAGGCGCGCCCAUAAAGGGAUUCUUACUCGCUUAUCGGCGAGAAUUCUCCGAAUGGGAGGAGGUGAUGCUCGAUCGGAAAGCGAGCACUCAUCUCCUGGAGGGUUUGCAAUGCGGCACAAGGUAUCAGUUCACCCUGGCGGCGUUUAAUAGAAUCGGUAGCGGAAGUGCGAGCAAAAUCGAGACCGCGAAGACGAACGGGACGAAACCUAUCCCUCCUACGAAGCAUCAGUUGAUCAAAGUAAACCAAACAUUCGUCACGUUGGAAUUGACAUCCUGGCAAGAUGGUGGCUGUCCAUUACUGUACUUCGUCGUUGAGUAUAGAAGACUUCCCGGGGAUUGGUUGUUGGUGUCGAACAACGUGCAACCGCAAUCAAGGUUCCCAAUCGUGGACCUAGAAGCUGGUACCAAAUACGAGCUCCGUGUGACGGCUUACAAUAACGCCGGUUCAACGCAAGCUGAGUACCUGUUCAGCACUCUGUCGCCGAACGGUAGUAAUCGGAUGCCCGACGAACAUCCGCCGGAAAUCGAGGAAAGCUCGCUGUUCUUCGACGCUCACGUGCUGGCUCCUAGCGUGAUCUCGUUGCUCGCUGUGUUCCUGGCGGUGGCUGGUGUCUGCUUUUGCCUGAAAACUCACCCGGAACGAUCUGGUCGAGCGAACGAUCCGAAUUCGCAAACGCAGGCCGCCCUGGAGAACAAACACAACAUGGAGCAAAGGGAACAAUACUACGCGACCGUGAGGAAACCCGGCCAACAGUCACCCUGUCGCGAGGUGAGCGCGCUGGAAAGAAUUCCCGAAUAUUCCGAAGACAUUUAUCCGUACGCCACCUUCAAUCUGCCCGAGCAGGAAAACCUGUCGGCGAACCCGAUGCGACAGGCAUUCUACUACGAACGCAGCGAAACGAUGCUGCAAGGAAAUCAGUGCGACAUGGACCAAUACACGAAGGUCCGUGGGCGAGCACGUCGCAAGUCAAAGUCCUUCAAAUCGGAAUCCGAAGAGUACGACACCUUGGGUUCAGACAGCGACACGGAGGUCGGUACCAGUAGUCGCACCGAGUCCUCGAAUCAUCUGGACGACUCCGGGCCAGCGUCCAUAAUGACCCGAUCGCCAGGGCCAAACUCGAUCGGCCAGAGGGAGCAACGACUAGCCCUUGUCCCGAGGCCGGUUCAUCAUAAUGUGCUGUACCACACGCACGAAUCAAGUACAUCAACCGAGCCGUCACCAAUUUCUGAGAGGAAGACCUUCCCGAGGCUCGAGAAGCAAAGGAAUCAAGGAGCAACGUCCGACAUUGGGAUGGACGGUCGCGUGCCGGGGAUCCUGCGUCCCGUGAUGAAGCUGUCCGAAUCCGGGAUACAUUCGUAUUCGAGGGGAGCAUCGCCAAACAGGCCGUCGAGGCCUGGUUCCUGCGACAGGCUGACAAAACAGCCGAGCCCGAGAAAAUCCGUGGAGUCGUUGUGCCUGCUGGAGGAACCCGGAUCGUCCAGGAUGGCAAGGAGAGAGGAGGACUGGGGCAGCGAGCUGUCUACGUUGGAGCUGAAACCACCGACAGGUUUCACGGAUGCGCACGAGACCAGCGAGGCCGAAUGCGACAUCGACAUGAAGCUGAAACUCCACAGGAAGAGGACGGGUUUUCCUUCUAACUCGCUCUCGAAAUCACCUAAAGACUUCACUAUCACUGUCUAA